UAAAAAGGUGAGACGUUAUAAUAUUAUAUUUUAAUUGUUCACGCUUUAAAUAACGUGUAUACGAUAACAAUGACAUUAAAACUAAUCUUGAGUGUACUGAUCUUGGCAGCUGUUUGCACAGCAUCAGAACAGAAUAGAAUCGUGGGGGGCAAUGACACGACGAUCGAGGAAUACCCGACCAUUGUUCAAGUGGAGUUCAGGUCAUUGUUGAUCUGGUCACAGUCCUGUGCCGCCAGCGUGCUCAACUCACUCUACGUACUGUCUGCUGCACACUGUUUCGCAGGAAUUUUCUUCGAUGUGAACAGCCGCCGUAUCAGGGCUGGCACAACAAACCGAAACUCAGGUGGAGUUAUCGUAUACGUCGAAGCGGCUAUUAACCAUCCUUCGUACAGCAGUAUAACCCUAGAUGGUGACAUCAGUGUGGUCCGAUUGGCCGAUAGGUUGACGUUCAGCAAUGUCAUCCAACCAGUGGCUAUAGUCAUCCAAAGCUUCGAACUACCUGAUAACUUGCCUGUGGUGCAUGCUGGUUGGGGUGCUACUUCUCAAGGCGGGUCCGCUUCUCCUAUUCUUCAGGAUGUAGAAAUCUUCACCGUCAAUCGCCAAUUAUGCCAUGAAAGAUACCAAACACUGUUCCCUCGCAGAUCAGUGACAGAGAAUAUGAUCUGCGCGGGCAUUUUAGACGUCGGGGGUCGUGACGCGUGCCAAGGUGACUCUGGGGGUCCUCUGUACUACCAGAACAUACUGGUUGGUAUCGUCUCCUGGGGUCAAGGAUGCGCUCAGGCCUUUUACCCCGGAGUCAGCACCAACGUCGCUUCGUACACUAACUGGAUAAUAUCGACUGCUGUCUGAUUUUGUGAUACUAUAAGGAUUAAAGAUUUUAAGAUUUUUUAA